GCGCUCUGCAUCUCCCCCUUUCCCGCCCCCUCGCUCUCGCCUGCGCCUCGGGGCUCCUCCAUUUUGUGCUGCGGCUGCGGCGCUCCCGCGUUGUUUUCACCCCGCCUUGCCCUGCGUGCUCGAAUCGAAACCACGGCCCAUGGCUGAGAGUCACUCACCGGCCGGGCUGGGGGAGUCUGCGUCCCUGGCCGGGCCUGGCGCCCCCGGUUCAGAGUCUGAAAGCCGGCGGCGGCCGCUGAGCGAGCUGCGCGUGAUAGACCUGCGGGCCGAGCUCAGGCACCGCAACUUGGACAGCGGCGGGAACAAGAGCGUCCUCAUGGAGCGGCUGAGGAAGGCUAUUGAGGAGGAAGGAGGGAAUCCUGAUGAAAUUCCAGUGGUUUCAGAAAAUAUAAUGAAGAAAACUCCCAAAAGAAGCAGCAAAGGACGUAGACCAGACGAAGAGGGAGUGGAAGAUAAUGGCCUGGAGGAGGAUUCUGGAGAUGGACAGGACGAUAUUGAAGCAAGUUUGGAUAACUUGCAGGAUAUUGACAUGAUGGAUAUUAGUGUGUUAGAUGAAGCUGAAAUAGAUAAUGGCAAUGCAGUAGAUUGUGGAGAUGAUUACAGUGCCCAUAAUAUUCUUGACUCGCUGUCUGAUAGUAGAGAAAAUGCUGAUGCAGAAGUGAAAGAACUUCCAGAUCAGCCUACACAGUAUGCUGUAGGUAACUUGGAGGCAUCCCCACAAUUUUCAGAAAUUAAAGAAGAAUCAAGAGAAAUACCAAUAGUGAUGGUAGAGUUUGAAGAUGUUGGGAACAGUUUAGAUGCUUCUUCAUCAGAUUUAACCGUAAUAAAGGAACUUGAAGAGUUACCUUUGGAGCCAGAAAAUGAGAAAAUACUCGACAUUUUGGGGGAAACUUGUAAAUCUGAGCUACUUAACGAAGAACCUCCCGAAGCGGAGCGGCCGCGUGCGCAGGAAGCCAGUAACGCGGGGCCAGGCAAGAGGCUGGCUGAGGAAGAGGACGCUCUCGCUGCCGCUCAGCUGGAGGAAGAUGCUUUAGCUUUGGACAGCAAAUCGGCCCAAGCUUUGGCAAGGAAGGAAGCAAAGCGUUUAGUGGUAGCAAAAGGGGAGACAAGUGAACAGAGCCCCGAGGAAGAGGCCCCGGACUCUGAAGGUGUAGUGGUAGAGACCCUAAGCGAUCAGAGUAGCAAACGCUCCCAAGGCCUGGAAGCCUCUAGUGGGGAGACAGCGGAGAAAGGCGCAGGUGCCGAAGCCAGAGAUAGCAAAGAAGAUGGCAAGAGAGCAGAAGACAAAGCUAAUUCAGAGGAAUCUUCCCCUGCCACUAAAGAGUCCUCAGCCAGUGAGGGCGGUGAUCAGAAAAAGAGCCCUGUUGAAGACAAAGAUGCAAAGGCAGUCGCAAAAGAUGAGAAAGGCCGUGUGGGGAGUGGUUCUGGCAGAAAUUUGUGGGUUAGUGGCCUUUCCUCCUCUACUAGGGCUACAGACUUGAAGAAUCUUUUCAGCAAGUAUGGAAAGGUGGUUGGUGCAAAAGUGGUGACAAAUGCUCGCAGUCCUGGUGCUCGCUGCUAUGGCUUUGUGACAAUGUCGACAUCUGAGGAGGCCACCAAGUGUAUUAAUCACCUCCACAGAACAGAGCUGCAUGGUAAAAUGAUUUCUGUGGAAAAGGCAAAAAAUGAACCAGCAGGAAAAAAGCCUUCGGACAAAAAGGAAGGUGAAACAAGGAAGGAAAAAGACAGGCACCAUUCUGCAGAGUCCAAAUCUGAGAAGUCUGUUGGUAUUAAGAAGGAGGAGAAGAUCGACAAAAAAGAUGAUGCUAAGAAAUCAGAAAAAGAUGAAAAAGAAGGAAAAGAAAAGGAUGAACAAAAGACUUCUGAUAGAUCCAGGGCAAGCAAAUCAGCAAGUCGAGGAACCGAAAGGACAGUGGUAAUGGAUAAAUCUAAAGGAGAGCCAGUUAUUAGUGUGAAAACCUCUGCAUCAAAAGAGAGGAGCACAAAAAGCCAGGACCGCAAAUCGGAGAGCAAAGAAAAGCAGGAUAUUUUAUCAUUUGAUAAAAUCAAGGAGCAGCGGGAACGGGAACGGCAGAGGCAGAGGGAGAGAGAAAUCAGGGAAACGGAGAGGCGCCGAGAGAGAGAGAGAAGAGACCGGGAGCAGCGCCUUGCAGCCAUUCACGAGCGGGAUGAGAGACAGAGGCUCCAGAGGGAGCGGGAACGGCUGGAAUUCCAAAGGCAGCGCCUGGACAGAGAGCGCUUGGAGAGGGAGAGGUUGGAGAGGGAAAGGAUGCACAUAGAGCAGGAAAGGAGACGGGAACAGGAGCGAAUCCAGAGGGAGAGGGAAGAGCUGCGACGCCAGCAGGAGCAGCUGCGCUACGAGCAGGAGCGGAGAUCUGCCAUGAGGAGACCUUACGAUCCUGACAGCAGGCGAGAUGAUCCGUACUGGCCCGAGGCGAAGCGGCUGGCGCUGGAGGAUCGCUACCACUCCGACUUCGGGCGGCAGGAUCGCUUCCAUGACUUCGACCACAGGGACCGCGGCCGCUACCAGGAUCACUGCUUGGACAGGAGAGACUGUACAAGGGGAAUUCCAGAUCGAGAUGGGCAGCACUACCCAGAUGAACGGCACGGGGGGCCUGACCGUCACUCCCGGGAUUCCUGGGGUGGCUACAGCUCUGACAGAAGGAUGAGUGAGGGAAGAGGGAUCCCCCCACAAACCCGAGAUGGACGUGACUGGGGAGAUCAUGGUCGAAAGUUAGAGGGGCAUCAAGAUCGUACAUGGCAGGGAAAUGUGGAUGGAGGAGUGAUGGGACGGGAUCAUGAGAGAUGGCAAGGUGGUGAUAGAAGCAUGCCUGGUCAAUCAGGACCAGGCCAUGGGAUGACUCGAGGAGGAACGUCAGGGCGUGGAGGCUUCACUGCAGCCGGGAGCCAGGGCCAGGUGCUGCAGGGCAGUGGGAUCCCAGGUGUGUUUGCAGGCCCAGAGAGGACAACCAGACUGAGUGAGCCCCGCUUCAGCCGCCGCUACUGACGGCGCUCGCUGUACAUUGAUGUAUUUUAUUUGGUUUUUUUAAUUGCCACGUGACAGUGGUCGUGAGUUUUAUUAACCAGGGUCACCUUGAGUUUGUGAUUCUAAAAAAAAAAAAAAAAAAUUAGCAAGACUGCUGCUGCACUGUAGCCAAAUACUGUGUCAACUUGGUUUGGGGUUUGUUGGUUUUGGUUUGGUUUGUUUGUUUGUUUGUAAUGAACAUGGUGUUGGUCAAGCAUCACUUUUAAGUUUCUGCAAGUGAAACAUUCCAUUUUUAAAAAUAAUAAAAUCGGUUUAUGGC